GGGAAUAGAAGGUGCGCUUUUAAGAUUUCUAAGUUUUUGCAGAUUGGUACGCUCGAGAACGAGAUCAUGUUUGCUCUGAAAGUAGAUGAACUAGAAGAGAGAACCCACUGAGAGACACCCAAAAGCGAAGAGUUGUAUGACGAGAACAAGUUGUUGUUUUGAAUAAACUGCGAGAAUUGAAAAAAAAAUAUAUAUCGUACUUGCUUGCUCCGUUCUUCUUGUUGCAGCUUGCUUUUUGCUCGAGGAUGGCAGCCAUUGCAGGCGCCGAUACGGAGAAAGAUGGCGAACAGCCAUACUUAUGAAGACCAAAGAUCCAAGAUGUUGACCAAGUAGAAGUAGGUCUUUACCUUCAAACUUAUAUCGUACAGCUGGCACUGUACACAAGAUAGUGCAGCGUGAUCAUACAAUAAGUAAGCUUCAGUAACAACUACCUAUAAUUCUCGGCUCUUAUCUCACGCUUACCAGUUAUAUCAAGACUAGUACAUUUUCAAUAUUUGUUGAUUGAUGGACACCGACACAUUAUCAUGCACGAUAUAAUUCAACUACAUAAGUACGCUAGUCAAAGUCUUGCAGUUGUGCUCCUAGAACCCUAGAACAAGCCAAAGCCCUGGGCCCAAGUCCCCUCCCCUAAACAAAAUCAAGACGUACCCCUGGAAUGGGUUUACUACUAGUCUACACAACCUGGAAUUGUUUACUACUACUGGAAUUGUAUAUUCGAAAACUCAAAAUAACCGAGUUACUGAGUGAAAUAAGGGAGGUAGCUUAAGUAACAUCAAGGCUACUCUUCCUUUUCAUCAGUAUCUCGCUUAUUCUGAUCAGUUACUUGCUUAUUCUGAUCAGUUACUUGCUUAUUUCAGUUUUUCGAAUACUACUACGACGGAAGGCUAGAACAACCCCUUCCUGUCUAACAUAAGGAGAACAAAUGCCUCCGGUGCAAUGCAAUAAAGCGUACAAGAACCUGGACUUCCUGAACACCCCUGCCGCUAGAAAUAUUCGGAUACAGUGUGAGUUUCAGGAGCCUGGAGUUCGAUUGCUCGAAGAGGUAUUUUUUGUGUGUGGGUGUGGUGGUGUGUGGGUGUGGUGGUGUGUGGGUGUGGUGUUCUACUUGUUGACGCCUCUACUUGUGAGAGGUAUUUAAUAGAUUUGUGUUUAUAAUCAGUUAUAGUUUUGAUCCUAGCAUACAACUAUGAACAAUGGUUCCGGGAUUUGGUAACCUGAAGAAUUUGAUCACAAGGUUUCCGUUCUUGUUUUCCCUUAUGAUCAAAAGCAGGCUACUGAAUAGCAGAGCAUUACAACAUUAUAACAAAGAGCAUUUGCAUUACGUCUAUCUUCUACAUGAUCCUCUAGUCCUUUCAUCAUCAUCCUAGCAUGGAAGUUAUUGUUAUGAAUGAACACGCUCAGGAAGUACAUAACGUGGUUAUGUUCUUUGGUUCGGCGAGAGCAAAAAGUCGGGAAGAGUUCGAAAAAGCGCUCGAACGUGCGAUUCCCGGUAGCCCCGAAAGGGAAAAACUGAUGAAAGGAGAGUUCCUGGUCAAGUACUAUGAGGGCAUUCGAACGCUGACAGAGAAAUUCAGCGAUUGGAACCAUCAACGGGUACAUGAGGGAACGGGAUCAAUUAAGGCUUCACACACGCACGUGAACUCAUCCUCUUCAGCAUGAUUAUCCUUGGUCUCUCUUUCAAGGGGAAAAGAUAGAGAAUGAGAAGUGUCCAAGCACUAUAACUUACCCCUUGUUUCCCCCUUGAUCUCUGAUGAACUUACCCCCAGAAUGGGUAGUGGUAGAUUAUUAUUACUAUAUUUCAGGGGAGAUGUCGAUGUGUAUUUAAUUUGGUUGCAGUGUUUUUCCGUAUAUGUUCAUGCCUUCAAUUACUCGACCGAAAACGGUGUGCUUCCCAUCUAGAUGCGGGGUAGGAACUGUCGUAAUAAAGAGAGCCAGGGAUGUGCUCUUCUUAUUUAUCGCUCUAUGGCAGAUGAAGUUCCUGUCUUCUGGCACAUUUUUGACUCUCUAAGGUUCACAAGCUAGUUAUAUAUUAGGGGAGUAGAUAAAAACGGGCCUGGGCUUAUAUUAGGGGAGAUCGAGAUGUUGAUAGGGUGCCUGGGCCAGGGAUGUGCUCAGAUGAGAUGCUCCUGCUCGUAGCUCCCAGGGAAGAUGAUGAUGAUAGAGCGCCUCCUGGGAAGAUGUGCUCACAGAUCGCUGCUCCUCGUAGCUCUAAGUGAAGAUACGUAGUGGCGACGGGUGGUGGGCCAGGAAUGAUGCAAGCAGCAAACGAAGGCGCGUAUCGAGCACAGGCGCCGAGCGUUGGCUUCGGAAUCUCCCUUCCAUUCGAAGCCGGAUUGAACCCGUACUUGUGGUGUUCUUAGAGUAGAAUUGUACUUCUAUACUGAGUUGUAGAAGAAUUCUUUUUCAUACAGCAAUAGAAUUGUACUUCUAUACUGAGUUGUAGAAGAAUUCUUUUUCAUACAGCAAUAGAUACAAUUCUUCUAUACUGCGUUGUAGAAGAAUUCUUUUUCAUACAGCGAUAGAUACGACCUUUGUACUUCUAUACUGCGUUGUAGAAGAAUUCUUUUGUAUGGUUCUGGUAUUUGGUUGCCUGAAUUUGAUCCUAAGGGUUCUCCUCUUGUUUUCCCGUAGGAUCAAAUUCAGGUUACCAAAUACCGGAACCAUUCAUCUUUUUCAUACAGCGAUACGAACAAUACCUUUUGAAGAUCUUCUAGGUCAAAAGAUACCUCAGAUACCUCAAGGGGACCAGGUAAAUGAAUGAGUGAAUGAAUGAGUAGAAUUCUUUUUCAUACAAAACACUAUGACGCCGCGUGGCAGUCUGCACUGAAAACUGUGCAAGAUUAACUGUAUUGUAUUGUAUUGCGAUGUUAAGUUCUUGUACAUAGUUGUGAUGUUCUAGACGUACACGUAGAGCUAGUUCAAGUUCAUCGUCCGAUUGAAUUAUGAUCCUAUCGUUCUUUAAAUCUAACUACCUACAUCAUGAUCCUAUCGUUCUUUACAUCUCCUCCGCUCACCACGACGACAGGUAUGUGUCUCCUUCACUUGCGUUCGAAUUUCAUUACUUUUUCACGCGAAAAUUCUGGAUGGCCUAUAAGAUUUGCGGUCUUGUGUGUGCGCCUGGCGGGUUCGGAACGCUGGACGAGUUGUUUGAGAUCCUCACACUAAAACAGACCGGACGCAUCAAAAGACCGAUUCCCAUCAUUCUUUUUGUUAAGGCUAGUAGUAGUUUUUCAUGGCCUGAACUAACAGGAUUCAUCUUGCAACAACCUGGUAUUAACUCGUUGUAGUUACACACUUGAUGAUAGUAGACGACCAUAUUUGCACUACGCACAAAAUCCUCUCCAUCUAAUGUGAGCAAGAGUUAUUGGGAGAAGAUUAUCAAUUUUCAAGCAAUGUGUGAUCACGGGAUGAUCUCGCAGGAUGAUGUCGAUUCCCUAUUUCUCACAGACGAUCCUGACGAUGCAUUGCGAUUCCUAUGCCAGAGCAUUGAGGAGGUACGGAUCUCAUUAAUAUAGAUGAUCUGUGUAGUUUACCUUUACGCUCUUAUUUUGUCAUCUUCGUCAACAUCAACAUUUUGUGUAAGCACGUCCUCCAAUUUCAAUUAGAACUAGUACUAGAAGACCAUUUAAAUUGUUGUAAAAAGCAUCCCCCUUCUACAACAGGUCGAACAAGAGCAUAACGAGUUAGGGAGUCCAUUUCUUGCGCCAAUGCGGGAUGCGCAGGGUGGCUACCUUCACGAUGCUAGAGGUCGCGUUCGUCGCAUUAUUAACGCGAUAUUAACUGCUUUGCAUCCUUCUGAAUGAAUUUCUGCACGACCAUCUUCUUUCUAUGCAGAUCACCAAGAGAUCUUGUUCUAUGUGAGAAAACGGACUUCCACUUCCACAAACAACUGACGUGUAGAAGUCGUUAAAAUAGGAUGCAAAGCUGGCGUGGAGAUGAUAGCUCCAAUUUCGGUCGUGAUGCACCAGAAUUCGAACUGCAAGGGGCUCAAGGAAUGGCAUUAUGAUUUCUCAAAAAUCAAUCUUGUCGUGCUUCUGGCUCCUCUUGUUGAUGUAGUAUUUUGAUUUUCGGAAAAAAAUAAGAUAGUAGGAGCUAGUUAUCGGAAGGGAAGACGAGCAAGAAGAAGUGGCAAGCAGAGGAAGACUCUUUGAUGAGUUUCAUUCUUCUAUAAUUCACACCUUUCACAGUACUACAUGCUUAAGCUAAUAAUCGAUUGUGAUUUGAUUUCCGGAUCUUCUAUCUACUUCAUCUUGGUGAUCUUGUUCCCUUCGCCGGACUAGUUACUAUCUUGCUACACUAUCUAGUGCAACAAGAGCUGCCAACUCAACAUUCAUAUCCUGGUCAAGCACGAUCCCCAGAAACAAGUCCCGGAGGAGAAAACGCCAAUAACGGAAAGGCAGCCGGAGUUCCAGACUCGUUUCUGGCUAAGAAAAACGCGAAACCAAAAGCGGAAAAGCCUAGUGAAAGUGUCAUAUAGAAUAGGACUAGAUGGUGGUAGGAAUCUUAGGACUUCUACACAGUGGCAAGCGGAGUCAAGACCACCUAGGGAUCGUGCGUCGUGGGAAGGUCUAGGCCAAGACUGUUUUUUAAAUCAAGAUUGACACUAUGUUUAUAGUAUAAGACUCACUAGACUAUCAGAUCGUUGUUGUAGAAGAUCCUUCGCUACAAAAAGAUAUUCUUGGAAAAAAUAGAAUGUCAUUAUCUAUCAUAUCGUGUUGGGUUGUCGUGGAAAGUAAAUUUUGUCUUUGAAUACGUGACGAUGCUAUAACCUUAACCGUUAUCAACAUCUUCUAAGUUUCAAUUUUUCAACAUUUUGUCAUGUUGAUGUACCAGUCGUGGUCGCGCUUAUGUUUUCUUUUCCUGUCUCGUAUCUUCAUCCCCUCUGAAGUGAGACUUACCUUUUCUCUUGUGUAAUUUAAAGAUGUUCUUCUUUUUCUUUUCUUGAUCCAUCUAUCUUCUGUAUUUUCAUCUACCUCUAUCUACAGCUGUAUUAAUACCUGUUGAACUAACUAUAAUCACAUUCUAGCUCCUACUCAUGAUGAAGGUAAUUCACUUGAACAUCAUUAGAAUUAUGGCUUUUCGUAGAAGUCUUCUUCUAGGAGUCAGUCGACGUAUUAUACCACCAGUGAUCACUACACACACGAUCAUCAACUUUUUGUGUAAAAUUUGGAUUAUCCACCUGGGAAAUGGAUGUUGAUGUAUCACUUACAGCUACCAAUUCUCAUCGUGCUAGUAACUUACAACUACCAAUUCUCAUCGUGCUAGUACACGACCGCCACGACGUCGUGCCUCCUAGUGGUCCUAUUGAGUUCC